AUGUUUCGAAUGGUGGUAACAAAAAUGGCACUGAAGUUAAAUGUCAAUUUAUGCUUCUUUUUGGUAAGUACAUAUGAAGUACAUAUGAAGUUUUUUCUGUAAUUUUCACAUUUGAUUUCCAUAUGUCAACUGCCUUCGAGUCUAUGCAUGUGAUUUAAUUGGCAAACGUUGUAACUUUUACUUUGUGCAGUGUUGUAAUAUUAGACAAUAUCACCGGCAAGGUGCGGCUUGUUGAUACAUCUACCUACAGUACAUGCAUACUAUGUUCUUGAAAAUGUCAAUGUCUCAUCCUUUUGGUUCCAAUAAUAGACAAUACAAAUAAUUGCACUACGAUAUUUUUAACACAGCUAUUGUAUGAUAUGCAAGUUGUUAGACUGAACAAUAUCGCUCUCACAUGUGUCAACUCCAGAUCAUCUCAUGUGUGGACUCCUGCUUUAUCCCCGGCUCCAUACAAGCAACAGUACCUCAGACAGUACCAGUUGGACAAGUUAUUUCAAAAGGUAGCUAAACAUUCACAAAUGUUUCAGUCCUGUCAAACGUUGUAUGUAAUUGAUACUGAAUGAAACAAUCAAUAUAGUCAUACACUUUUUAUAACCAGUUGUCAUCCUUAAUCAUCCUUAAUCAUAAUCAUGUUAUCUUGCUUUGGAUAAUCCAUAUUGUUUUUAGUAAUUGUAUAGUUGAUAACGUUUCUUUCUCUCUCAUUGUUCAGUUGAUGUCGACCACUGUGACACCAAGACAUUGCACUUUACCACUAGUGACCCGGACUUCACCAUACAGGCAGAUGGAACUAUAGUAGCAGUCCACAUCACUAUGGUACCAGCCAAUGGCAGGACAUUCUCAGUGCAGUUUCAGGACCCCAAUGGUCAGAAGAGAGACAUUGAUGUUUACCUUGUCCAGAACUCUAGAAAGGUAAGGUGGAUUCCACAUUGGCUUAGAGUAAAAUAUGUUGAAGAUGCUAGUCCCAUACUUUUAAAAUAAGUACUGUAUUAUGUUUGUAGUGUCGUGACUUUUUGUGACUUUCCCCCCCAUGUUUCAGGUAUUGAAAGAUGGCCUACUAAAGCGCUCCAAAAGACGUUGGAGCCCUAUGCCCUUCAACAUCAUAGAAAACGACAUCCUUCCAUUUCCAAAGGAAGUUGAUCUGGUAAUGUCCUUAAAAUAAGUUACAACUUGCAUCACAUUUCAGCACAUUCUGUCUAUUUGAAUAUGGACAAUAAACCUAAGCCUUGUCCAUAUUUCAUGUAAUGUAGUGAUAACACACUCCUACAUGAGCAACAGCCAAAAUAUCCUUACCCAUGUUCCACUUUAUUUCACACUCUUUCUCACAUUCUGUACCUGUAUGCUCCACGCCCUCACCAGAUGGUACACACCCAACCACACACACGUAUACACAGGAUUAGUGGAAACUUUUGCUUAGUUGUUUUUUUCCCCUUCCUUUUAACCCCUCGCCUCCCUUUCUAACUACAAUGCAGCUGGAUUUGCACUGUAAUUUAAUCUCUUGUAACCUACCUAGGGAUUUCAUAUUAAUACAAAAUAACUGUUGGGCUGUGUCUACUAGGGAUGGGCACGGUUAAUCUAUUAAUCUAAUAUUUGAACAGAUGUUAGUAUUGGAUUACUUGUGUGAGUAUUCCUUUUUUAGAAUAAAAAUAUAUAGGCCUAUUUUAACAAUGAAAAGGCUUUGUCUGAAUUAAAUAAAAUGAGCAAUGUGACAUUGCUACACACAAGUAUAUACCAUGACAUUUUACAUUCUUAAUUUAAUAAAACAACAAACUUUUGAAUGUAGUUUUUAUGAUUUGCGCCACAUAAAAAAGACAUACCGGUAGCCUACACAUGUUUCACACAUGUAGCUUGUUAUUGUCCGGCAAUUAAAGUGGCAGAGGUUCCAUGUUAGCCUAGCAGUUGAAGUGGGAUUUUUAUAAUCAAUGAAUAAUGGUUUUGAAAUGACAGAAUUAAGUAACCUUAAUGAGAUGGCUUAGACUAUGUUGUGUCGAGUAAACGUUGCUAAUUAUGCUGUGUGACCAAGGAGGACCCGCUGACGCUGUACUUUCAUCAUAAAGGUUUAUUCAUAACAAAGGGUUACAGCGUCGAUUUACAGAUACCUGCAGAUACCUGGAGAAUAAUCCCCCCAUCUCAAAUCUGAUUAUUCUGUCUUCCUUUGUCCCAACUGUGGUAUAUAUUCUUUACCCUGCUGUGGGUGGUUUCCCAUACAGACCAAUCACCUGUAUCCACACAACAGACUUCCUCUGUUCUAUGGGGUGUCCCUCUAAAACUACUCCCUGGGCUAAAUAAACCUCCUAUCAGGUUCCAUUUGAAAACGUUAGCAAAGUCAUAAUUCCUCAGAUACUACAACUACAAUGAGCAACCAACAGGUAAACUGUUGUUUAAUUUGAAUGUAGUUGUUGUAGACAAGAAACUAGGCAGAAUGGAUUUGUGCUUCAAAUAUAGCAGUUCUGUAACAUAUUCUAUUGAGCCUCUCAUUCUACUUAAUUGCUGGACUCAACACGUUACGGAGAGAGAUUAAAUUACUGUGUAGGAAGCACUGGGGACAGGUUGUCUGGAUACUGGACAGACAAUAAAUUGGCAGAUGCAAACAGAUUAUCAUCUUUAGCAGACAACAGUUCUUGAGGUUUGAACAAGAAAUCUGUUUGCGAUUUCGUUCAUACUGGUGAACCGGCGUUUGAAUUAUGCGGUUGCAAUAUGAAAAUAUCAGGACACCAGGGGAGUCUCUCAAGUUGGAUUUGACAGAAUAUUGCAGCCCAUUUGUGUACGCUAUUAACCAGACAAAACCCGCUGAGCUCAUCAUUAAAUAGUGGCUGUAUUUAUCCUCAAGCCGACUAGUUUUUUCCUCAUCGUUUGGCUAUUUGAUGUGUAAUUUUUUAUAAAACGUUUCUAAAUAGCAGCUAAAUACAGUAUAUUGCUGUAGAUAGUACACUGCAUAAUGAAGCAAUAUAGUAAACUAGUGUUCUGAGGGUGGACUGACUGUAUGUAGACCUAUUAUUUGGCAUUAAUAGACUGGUUUUACGCACAACUUUCUAUCAAAGCUGGGAGAGAGCCCGAGGAGGGCUCAUGUCAUGCAGGUUGAGGUAGCCUAUACAGGACAGUUGUAUAUUCAAAUAUAUUGGUAGCUGAUUAGUAUGCUGUUGCAUCGAACAUUUAUUUAACUCCGACCUUGCGGGGGUCCAGAUAAACUGUGUUACGCCAGUGCAAGGACAAGGAGUGCAGCAAAAUUAUAGCCUCAAUUAGCCUUGCUAGUUGGCUAACUCAUGGCUACCGUAGCUAGCUAGCUUCUUUAUAUCGAUUGGCACUACCAGAUGGUAUGAUCGAUAACCUAUGGCAGCGACAAGUUUGUCAACCCAGUAUCACAGCUUAUUGUGAAAUUGACACAAAUUGCUUAUUAGAAAAUUGUGACUUUUUUCGUGUGCCUGUCACGAAUUUCCAAUAAGUAAUUUGUGUCUAUUUCACAAUAAGCUGCGAUAGUGUGUUGAGUUUAAGUAGCACGAGUAUGGCUACUUUCUCCGGUCUCACACACACCGACACCUGCCCUUCCCCCGCCCUUCUGCAGCUCGCCGGAGCCGCGCAGCAAACAAGUGCUGUUUAGAAGAAACUUUUUUCAAAGGUUUCACAGAAAGCACACAUGUAUUUCGACUACCCGGAUAUCCCACCCAAAAAUAAUAAUAUUAUUCGAAUAGUGAAAAUAUUUCUAAUACCCAACCCUAGUGUUUAUACAGGCAGCCCAAUUCUGAUAUUUUGCCAAUAAUUGGUCUUUUGACACAGCCUUAGUAACACUUAGUCAAAACGUAUAAUGCUUUAGACCUAUUACUUUCUAGGUGUGUAUGAGCAUUUCUGUUUCGCAAAACGUAAUGCUUUAAAUCCUUACUGUACAAUUUUCAAACCAGAAUGAUAUGAUUAUCCCACUGCUUGUUAAAGCUUGACCCCAGAUAAUAUUUGAUUGUUUUCUGGUCCAGGUUGCAUCUGAUUCGUCUGCCACAUACAAUGUGUACUACACCCUCAGUGGGCCUGGUGUGACAGAGGACCCUGUGGGUGUGUUCAGUGUGGUAAAGGAAACUGGGAUGCUGAAGGUCAACAGAGCUGUCGACCGCGAGAUUACCCCUCAGUUUGUAGUGAGUAGUAAACAACAAUUAUUGAUUUAUUGCUUGAUUGAAUAAUUGAUUCAUUCUUUAUCUAUGAUGUUAAAACAUGACAUUUGUACUCUUGAUGCAUAGCACAGACAACACAAUAAACAGUAAAGAUGUUACUGACCAACGUCCACCUCUCUCUUUCUCCAGUUUCAAGCCAGAGUGUUUGACAGAUUCACCAACCAGGAGACAGACUUACCAUUACCCAUCACAGUGAAUGUAGAAGAUGUGAAUGACAAUGCACCAACAUUCACUGGCCAACUGCAGUUUACUGUGCUGGAGCAAAGCCAUGCAGGUGAGAAACAUACAGCUGAAGUAAGAAAUACCAGAGUGCCUUUAGCCUCUGUAAUACAGUACAUAGAAAAAGUGUCAUACGUUUCACAAAUUAGUCAAUUUACAGAUACAUUUGUCAUAUAUCCAGACAUUGUUUUGAAACAGGAACUUGUGGAUGUGAACUAAUAGCCUGUGUUUUGUGAUGUGUUCCAUUGCAGGUACCAUGGUGGGGAUGGUGAAUGCCACAGACAUAGACGAGCGUGGUACAGACCACACUAAGAUCAGGUACUCCCUCCUCUCUGGGACCGACCUGUUCUACAUCAACCCAGAGACAGGAGUCAUCAGCACCAAAACAGAUACUCUUGACAGAGAGGUGAGAGUCAGUCUCCUCUUCGUACUUUCAAAAUAUCUCCCUUAGAUUUCCAGGGUUCCACAUUGUUGACCACUGCUAUCAUUGUUAGAAUUAUUCAUUUUUAAUAUACACUGAGUGCACAAAACAUUAGGAACACUUACUCUUUCAAUGACAUAGACUAACCAGGUGAAUCAAGGUGAAAGCUAUGAUCACUUAUUGAUGUCACCUGUUAAAUCCACUUCAAUCAGUGUAGAUGAAGGGGAGGAGACAGGUUAAAGAAUGAUUGUUAAGCCUUGAGACAAUUGAGACAUGGAUUGUGUAUGUGUGCCAUUCAGAGGGUGAAUGGGCAAGACAAAAUAUUUAAGUGCCUUUGAACAGGGUAUGGUAGUAGGUGCCAGGCGCAUCGGUUUGAGUGUGUCAAGAACUGCAACACUGCUGGAUUUUUCACGCUCAACAGUUUCCCGUAUGUAUCAAGAAUGGUCCACCACCCAAAGGACAUCCAGCCAACUUGACACAAAUGUGGGAAGCAUUGGAGUCAACAUGGGCCAGCAUCCCUGCGGAAUGCUUUCAACACCUUGUAGAGUCCAUGCCCCAACGAAUUGAGGCUGUUCUGAAGGCAAAAGGGGUGCAACUCAAUAUUAGGAAGGUGUUCCUAAUCAUUUGUACACUCAGUGUAUAUUUGACCUAAAUGUAUAUUUGGGGAUUUUGUUUUUCAGGUGAAAGACAAGUAUUUGGUGACAGUGGAAAUCAAAGACAUGAAUGGAGCUCUGAAUGGUCUAUCCAACACUGCUACAGCCACCAUAGUGUUGGGAGAUAUCAACGACAACCCUCCCACUUUUACAAAGACGUCUGUAAGUUAAAAAAAAUAAUCCUGAAUAAAAAAUUUACAGUAAAGACAUUUUUGUAUCGCAGUUUAUUCGGCAGCAAAACAAUAGUUAUGGUGAAAAUGUGCUAUAUUUUGUUUGCUAUACAGUAUGGAUAUUCAAUACACCUCAGUCAGAUAAUUGAACAUGCUGCUUUCCUCUUGCAGUAUAGUGUGAACGUUAUGGAGAACCAAGAGAAAGGCCUUAUCCUCAGAAUCCCUAUUGAAGACAAGGACUUACUUAACACACCAAACUGGAACUCUGAGUUCAUCAUCACCAAGGGGAACGAAAAUGGGAACUUCAGGAUUGAAAGAGACCCAAAAACAAAUGAAGGACUAAUUUACCUAACAAAGGUGAGUUGGUACUCACAAUGAUCUGAUCUUGACUUUCAUAUUUAUUUAUAGAAAAAGGCUAACAUAUAAUUUCGGUGAACUAUCCCAUAACAUAAAGACAGUCAAAAUAUUGAACCAAAAUACUUAUUUACUCUUGUACAAUGACAUUGUCAUUGAUAGCUGAUAGACCAAUAAUAAUGCAAUAAAAUGCCACUCCAUGUCCUCGCUGUGUCUCCAGCCUCUAGACUACGAGAAGACCAAGAACCUAAAGUUUGAGGUGUUGGCCCGUAACCAGGCUGAGCUGAGUGGGACCAAUGCCAAGUGGGUGUCCAUCCCUGUGAAUGUCACAGUGGGGGACGUGGACGAGGGACCUGAGUUCACUGCCCCAACCGUACUCUUCACUGUCCAGGAGAAUACUCCAAACGACACCCUGAUCGGAACAUACACAGCCGUAGACCCAGAAACCAAGAGCAGUGCCGGCAUUAAGUAAGAUCUUAGUUUACCUCAAUGUCAUACAUUAUUAGCCUGGUCCCAGAGAUGGCAUAUUGUGUGACCAUAUUGAUAAUGGACAUAGUAAUAAUAUGAUGUUAUAACAAGUAAGGUCAGAUUGUGUUUUAAUAGAAAAUAGAGGUACAGUGAAAUACAGAAUGCCAUGUUUUUUUCUCUCUCCAGCACUUGAUGGCAGAAUUGCACCAUUAUGCUCAUGAAUGCUGUAAUACCGUCUUCUCUCUCUGUUCCCUCUCAGGUAUUACAAAGUCUCAGACCCGGCUUCAUGGAUCAAUGUCGAUGAAAGCACUGGACAGCUGAAGAUCGCCAACACAAUCGACAGGGAGUCCCACUUUGUAGUGGAUGGCGUUUACAACGUCACCAUGAAAGCUGUGGAUGCCAGUAAGUAGAUAUUGUUACACAGUGUCUCGCAUGUCUUUAUUAAAUAUCUGUGUAGUCAGGAUGAUCUUAACUCAUCUAUUGCUAGGAAAAACUCUGGACCUGAUGCAUAAAACAUCUUAAGUGUUUCCUUUAAGGACCGGCAUACUUAAGGGAUUUUACCCCAGAGUUUCUAAACCCAGAGGCGCAACAUCAUGAGACUUCCGGGAACGCUUGCGAAACAGACCAAACAGACCAGGCUGGAGAUUGGGAAAUGAAAAAUGCUUCCUUAGUUGUUAAUUUUAUCGAUCUAAAGGCACAACCUAGAUUCGAGCCAAUGUCUUAUGUAGUUGAACAUGUUAUUACUCCAACCUUGUGAAAGUGGCAAACUGACACGCUUUCAUUUUAGUCCAAAACUACUUUAUAUCGAAGGAGUGCCUUUGAUUUGACGGCCUGCACAUGAACAGUUCGGCGCGAGACGACCGUUAGACCCGAUGAUGUGUUUCUGCGCAUGAAAUUAACUAGCCAACGUCGCCAUGACAUCACCUACAAGUGUGAUCGGAGAUUUCUAAUGGAGAAGCAAUUUCUGCAUAUCUUCAUACUGUACUCUCUUUGGUUUUACGGUAGUUUGAAGGUAUGUAUGGCAGAAUGAGUCUCUGGUUACCAUGGAGACGACCAUCACUGGCUGAACGUCUCGUCAUAGAGAUCGCAUUUAUUGUAGGAGAUCGCAAAAUAGAACUACAUUCAAGACAGGAGAAACAAGUUGAUUCAGAAGAUAAUAAAACACGUUUCUUGUAGUUUUUUUCUCAACUUGUUUCUAUUACUUUCUAGCAGGUCAAGCUAAUUUACAGAGUAGGUAGCUGGCAAACCUUUUUUUGCUUUGUCAUUAUGGGGUAUUGUGUGUAGAUUGAUGAGUGGAAAAAAAACGAUUUAAUCCUUUUAGAAUAAGACUGUAAGGUAACAAAAUGUGGAAAAAGUCAAGGGGUAUGAAUACUUUCCGAAUGCACUGUAUAUGGGACCUUGUGGGCACCCUUUCCCCUUAAUUUAAGGGGGCAAUUCUCCUUAAAAUGUUUUGUGCAAAUGACUUAACAUUAAAGAAACAUUAAGGGAAAAGAUAAGCGGGAAAAUAACUUAAGAUGUUUUAUGCAACCGGCCCCAGGGCCCUAGUUCUAGCCCUCCAGCUAAUAGCGUGCUAAUCCUGCAUUUGCUUUCUCCCAGUGCUUCUAUCACUGUAACAAGUAUCAACACUCUAUAACAAGGAAGAGACUGAGCAUCGUAAUAAUAGCUAACAACACCACUGUGCCCUGUUCCAUCUCCUCAAGGCCUCCUUUUACUGGCAUGUUGGGACUGACUCUCUGAUAUUGGAGUGUGUCUGCACACCUUGAAUUACACCACAGAGGAUGAGAGGUUGUCGUCGUCUUUACGCCUUGGCUGAUGUUACCUAAUACCUAAGACAUUCUGGUGUUAGCGUCAACCACCCCAUCCACCCUCGUCAAUGUUCGUUUUAUGUUCACACAGACAACACAAUAACUCUUUGUGUGUUGUUUAAGAGACAGGAUGAGGAGUAUAGUAGUCACUCUGUAACACCUGGUGUGAUCAUGUCAUUGAGGUCCAUGACAUUGUGUUACUCAGUUCUAUUCCAGAUGUGAUGAUGAUGGGGGUUUUGGGCAUACGCUAUCUACUGGUCCUUAUCUCUGUUUUGCAUUUAUAACAGGGAGUGACUGUGAAAAUAUCAGUACUGUAUGCCAUCUGUAACUGAACUUUAAAGUUUUCCCGUUUAUUGUCAUGUGUGAGAGUGAAUAGAUUGGAAAUCUGACUCACUCAAGUUCUCACAAUCAAAACACAAUAAAAACAGCAAGAAGGCAUUGUUCAUAGAUAUGUUAUCGCGUUUCUUACAUAUGUCUCCUUUCUCCUAGGUCAGAAGACAGGUACAGGGACGGUGAUUAUUCAAGUGGAAGACAUGAACGACCACGUCCCAGACAUCCCCUCUAAAGACCUGUUGUUGUGUGAGAAGGAUGGGGGAGAGAUGGGCUCUGUGCUGGUGGUAGCCGAAGACAAGGACCACGCUCCCUUCUCCGCCCCCUUCAGCUUCAAUCUGGGAGAGAAACAUGAUGAGAAAUGGGCUGUGAAGCCACUUAACAGUAUGAAAAGGAUUCCUACCUCCUGACUCCAUUGCAUCUCUAUAUUAAUUGAUGUCUUGCAAAUGUGAUUUAAAAGAUGAAGCAGUUAUUUAAUGGGGAAGAAGUCCAUAAAUGUACAAUUUUCAUCUUAUAAUGAAUAGUCAGUAUCAUACAUUAUUGAAUACAACUUUAAAGCCGAAAUACUCUCUAGAAUGCAACCUCAGCAGAGCCACCUUACACGGCACCUGUUAACUGAUAUUCUUUAGUGAAAUGUUUUUAGAGCCAGGAGUUUACAGUGUAACCUCACCAGGAAAACUAGUGCCCAAACGUCUGUUCCUAACAACAGUGUAUUUCCUCCUCAGACACUGCAGUGAUGUUGGAGCAAACCAAGGAGCUCCCCACCGGCCUGUACACUGUCCCCCUGAUGGUGAAGGACCUGCAGGGCUUUGGAAAGACCCAGACUGUGACGGUCCGGAUCUGCCGAUGCAGGAACGGCGCGUGUCUGGCCCAACAGAACUCCACAUCUCUGGGGGUGUGGGCCAUCCUGGCUAUGCUGCUAGGUCUGGCUCUGCUACUUCUACUCUGUGAGUCUCCACUGGGCUAUUAUGGACAUUCAUAUUAUUUAUGUAGGCCUGACAUAUUAGUGUCAAAGCAAUAAUAAGAUAGGACAACAUAUAAAACUGAUGAGAUAUUAGAAAUUGGAUGGUGAAGUCUUUAACAGCUGAUAACAGCUAGUAUAGCUCUAUUCCUUAACAAAUGGCUUGUGCUUCUUGUCCAUCUGACAGCCUUGUUGUUGCAGUACCACUCACACACUUUCUUGUUGGUUCUUUAUCGCAGGUAUCCUCUGUGCAUUCGUCUGUGUGACAAAGAAUGAGAAAAUGGAGCUGGAGGAUAUGGGAGACAGUGGUGGUAUCCUGCUGACGUCUAACAUCGAGGCCCCAGGGGAUGCAGUGGUAUGGCCGUCAUAAUGAAAGUAUUAUGAACACAUUGCUCAUGGUCAUGAAAUCAAAGCAGAUUUCAGUGUUACAUCCUCAUUUGUAUGCAUACGUUUUUUUUAUGUCUCCUCCUCAGGAUUCAAAUCUCAUCAUCGUUCCAAAGUCUGCUAUUGACCAUUCAGUGAAGGGAUCCAUGAUUGACGUGGGGUGGGCUGGAGCUAAGAACUCGGGUAAGAUGGGAGGAGGCCUGGGCACUCAACAGAACCUGCUACAGCAGUCCGGCAGCGUCAUUGUGACCGAUAUGCAGAACGGCUUCUCUGACCAAUACGACGGCAGUCAAUACGGUGGACAAAAUGGCAGUGGACAAUUUGGUGGAGGUCAAUAUGGUGGCGGACAAUAUGCCAGUGGCAAUAUGACUUUUGACAACACACGUUUCAUGAAGUUCAACAACUCUGCAGCCUGGAACACCUGGCAAACCAACGGGCUGUUUCUACAACAGGUAAAACAACUCACACAAUGUCAAUGUGUUUAACUUUAGUCUGAGUAAAACACAGUCAAUUGAUAAUAUCAUCAUGAUCAAAUGUUCUGCCUUUUCUCUAAGGUUUAAUGUAGUUCUUACUAUUGGUAAAAGCCUAGACAAUUCCGAUGUGUAAUGUUAGCUUGCUUAUUGGCUAAACCCUGGGAUUCUGUGUCAGCUUUCAUGUAUCUCGUCUGGUCAGUGAAAUGUUUGCUGUUCUCAGUGUAAUAUCCGUCAGUAAUAUCCUGUGGAAGGAUGUAAUAUCACCUACUGUAAUAUCUUCCCUCCCAUCGGGCUAGUUCUUGUCUGCUCCCUAUGGACUAAUAACAACAUGCAUUCUCCACUUUCCACCUCAUCUUUUACCUUGUCUGCUACCAUGUCUAUCCUGUCUCAACAUGUUUACCUGGUCUACCUUUUCUUUGCAGAAGUUGGCUUACCUAGGGACGGAAGAGGAGGGACGGUACGCCGAUGAUAUCAUCCACGCGUACGGCUUCGAGGGGGUGGGGUCUCCAGCCGGCUCGGUGGGCUGCUGCAGUGACCAAGGCAACCAGGAAGACCUGGACUUCCUAAACAGACUGGGGCCAAAGUUCAACACGUUAGCUAAGGUCUGCACUAACAAAUGAACCAGGAAGAUCUAUUGCAAUAUUGUUUUUACCACUGAAAGUGUUUUCCCAUGUUUGUUUUUGUUGAUAAUUAUUAUCAAGGGUGAUACAAAACAUUGAGUCAGUGUCAUCACACUGAAUUGCUCAAACUGUUUGUUGGUUAGAGCCUUUUUGCACUGGAAAGUACGAUGUAUUUACUUGUAAAUAGUGUACAUUUAGUGAUUUAAGUGCCAAAGCUUCUAUUUUUGUUUAUUUUUUACUUGGUCAUGUUCUCU